AUGAUGAUUGCCUUUCUUCUUAUUUGCAGUCUGACUGUGGGAACUCAAUCUGCCAAAACGACAUCUCAUAAACUUCAAAUGGAAGCAAAUGCAAUAAUAAAGAGUGGAUGGUGGAACACAUCUGAUCCACUCUUUAAUAUCUCUGAUCGUUGUAAUUGGUAUGAUAUAUUUUGUAACAAGGCUGGAAGCAUAAAAGCAAUCAAAAUAGAACCCUGGGGAAGUCAACUUGCAACACUUAACUUGUCUACUUUCAACUAUUCUACUUUCCACAAUUUAGAAAGCUUUGUUGUAAGCUCAGUUGAACUACAUGGGACUAUCCCAAAAGAAAUUGGUCAUCUCUCUAAGCUCACUCAUCUUGAUUUGUCAGGCAAUUAUCUUAAAGGUGAGCUACCUCCUGAGUUGUGGUUGCUAAAAAAUCUCACUUUCUUAGAUCUAUCAUACAAUAGAUUCAAAGGUGAGAUAUCUUCUUCCCUAGAAAAUCUCAAACAAUUAGAGAUGUUAAACAUCUCUAACAACUACUUUGAAGGUUAUAUUCCUUUUGAGUUGGGGUUCCUGAAAAAUCUCAUUACACUAAAUCUAUCUAACAAUAGAUUCAAAGGUGAGAUACCUUCUUCCAUAGGAAAUCUAACACAAUUAUGGGGGCUAGACAUCUCUCACAACAACCUUGGUUCCAUUCCUCAUGAAUUGGGAUUCUUGGAAAAUCUCUAUACAUUAGAUCUAUCUCACAAUAGACUUAAUGGAAACCUGCCUAUUUUUCUUUCAAAUCUUACAAAAUUAGAAUACCUUGACAUUUCCCAUAAUUUACUCAUCGGUACGCUUCCUUCCAAAUUUUUUCCAUUUAGUGACUAUAUAUCUUCCAUGGACCUCAGUCACAACCUCAUUAAUGGUGAAAUCCCUUCUUAUAUUGUCUACAUUUACAGAUUUAAUUUAAGCAAUAAUAAUCUCACUGGCACAAUUCCCCAAUCUCUCUGUAAUGUCUAUUAUGUGGACAUUUCAUACAAUUGUUUGGAGGGUCCCUUUCCAAGUUGUCUUCAGCUUAACACAACAACAAGGGAAAAUUCUGAUGUAUGUUCAUUUAGCAAAUUCCAGCCUUGGUCACCACACAAGAAAAAUAAUAAAUUAAAGCACAUUGUUGUCAUUGUUCUUCCGAUCCUUAUUAUUCUAGUCCUAGUCUUCUCACUUCUCAUAUACUUGAAACAUCAUCAUAAUUCUACUAAUAAGUUGCAUGGAAACAUAACAAAAACAAAGAAUGGAGAUAUGUUUUGUAUAUGGAAUUAUGAUGGGAAGAUAGCAUAUGAUGACAUAAUCAAAGCAACAGAAGACUUUGACAUGAGAUAUUGCAUUGGAACGGGAGCAUAUGGAAGUGUUUACAGGGCACAAUUACCAAGUGGAAAGGUUGUUGCCUUAAAGAAACUUCACGGCUAUGAAGCCGAGGUUCCAUCUUUUGAUGAGAGUUUCAAAAAUGAAGUGAGAAUAUUAUCAGAAAUAAAGCACCGACAUAUUGUGAAGCUUUAUGGAUUCUGCUUGCACAAAAGAAUCAUGUUUUUGAUCUAUCAGUACAUGGAGAAAGGAAGCCUGUUCUCUGUCUUGUAUGAUGAUGUAGAAGCCGUGGAAUUCAAGUGGAGAACAAGGGUUAACACUGUUAAAGGAAUUGCAUUUGCUCUUUCAUAUCUUCAUCAUGAAUGCACUACUCCAAUAGUGCAUAGAGAUGUAUCUAGUAGCAAUAUCUUACUAAACUCUGAAUGGCAUGCUAGUGUUUGUGACUUUGGCACAUCCCGACUCCUUCAAUAUGAUUCAUCAAAUCGAACUAUAGUUGCUGGAACUAUUGGAUAUAUAGCUCCUGAGUUGGCCUAUACUAUGGCGGUGAAUGAAAAGUGUGAUGUAUAUAGCUUUGGCGUGGUGGCACUUGAAACUUUAGUUGGAAGGCACCCUGGGGAUUUAUUGUCAUCACUUCAAUCAUCAUCGACACAAAGUCUCAAACUAUGUCAAGUAUUAGACCAACGUCUUCCACUUCCAAAUAAUGAGAUAGUUAUACGUCACAUAAUUCAUGUUGCCAUAGUUGCAUUUGCAUGCUUAACUAUUGAUCCUCGUUCUCGACCAACAAUGAAACGUGUGUCACAAAGUUUUGUCACCGAGCUUACACCAUUAAGCAUUCCUUUGAGUGAAAUUUCCGUGCAGCAACUAAUGAGUGAAGAACUCAGAGCAUUAAUUUAUAUUGGAAAUCCUUGA